AUGAAUAAUAAUAGUAAUAAUAAUAAUAAUACAAAUAAUAAUAAUAAUAAUUUAAAAAAUAAUAAAAAUACAGGUUCAAAUCUUGAUGAAGUAUUUGAUAAAGAAUUAAAUGGUACAAGUAAAGGAUUUCGUCAUCACGAAGAAGAUGAAGCAGUAACAACAAAUAAUGAAUUUAUAAGUGAUGAUGAUACAAAUUCAUUAUCAAAUAGUUUACAAUCAAUAGAAAUUUCAAAAAAAUCUAAAAAUCAAAAUAAUAGUAACAAUACAAAUAAUAAAGAACAAAUUGAAAAAGAUGACAAUAUGGAAUUUAAAUUUGAUUUAGAUUUAACAACAAUCAAUAUAAUGGGAGAGGGUAUGGAAGAUUUUGAAAAUCAAAUUGAACGCUAUGCAAAGGAUGAGCAAGUUAUAGCAAAUUGUUUGGAUAAGGGUAUUGAUUUAAGUAAAUUUUCAAAAGAAGUUGGUGAAUCGUUAGAGAGAUGUGAUAAGGAGAUGAAUGAACUUUAUCAAGAUAUUAUACCAGAUUAUGUUAAUGAGAGGGAAACAUUUGCAAUACUUUAUAAAACCAUAACAGAGAGUACUGAUCUAUUGAGUGGUUUCGAAGAUAUGUUAAGUAAAUUUCAAGGUGAAUUAACAAACAUUUCAAAAGAAAUGAGAAAUUUACAAGAGUUAUCGAUUACACAGAAUUCCAAAUGUGUCAAUAGGAAGAAGGUGGUGGAACGAUUGGAUAAGAUUAUAGAGGAGGUUUCGAUAUCGGAUGAUUUGAUACACCUAUUGACACAAGGUGAGGUUAACGAUCAGUAUCUUCAAUAUCUUUCAAUAUUCAGUAAGAAGAUAGGCCACAUAUCGUCACAAAAGAUCGAUGGAGUCUUUGCAACGGGUGAAAUUGAAGAGGUGACACUGAAACUGUUGAACGUGGUUUUGGAUAAGAUUCAUAGGUUUUUCAUGGUACAAUUCAACCAAAUCAAGGAUAUACAAUCGUUGCAAUCGAAACAACAAGAAUUCACCCUAUACAGACAAGCAUUUAUAUUCCUCUAUAAACAUACUAGACGUGUUGCUAGAAUUCUAUUCGAUCAAUAUAAAGAGAUUGCUGAAAGAAUCUAUUCAUCCUAUUAUAGAAGUUAUAUAACAUUCUUGGAGAAACUUCAAAUGGAACCAACAUCAAGAAAUGAUUUAAUUGGUAUGCACGAGAGUAAAACCAGGGGAUUCUUCUCGAGUAAAAGUAAUAAAUUAAAGUGUAAAUCAUCCAUUUACACCAUUGAAACUAGGUAUCAGAUUUUAAAUGAACUCGAAACUCCACCAUUAAAACCCCAAUCUAUCAAUUUCGAAUCUUCCUCUGCCUCUGACUCUAUAAAAUAUUCCUAUGAAGUUAUAUUCAGAUCAUUGUUAUUCUUUAUCAUUGAUUUAGUAUCAUAUGAAAAUAUGUUUCUAAAGGAUUAUUUCCUAUCAAAUAAAGAUAGUUCUACUUUUUUAUUUUGUAAAUCAGAAUCAUUAUUUAUGGAGAAUUUAAAUGGUUAUUUAGCAUCAACUUAUGAUAUAGUGGCUUUGUUAUUAAUAUUAUCAAUCACUAGUAAAUAUAGAAGUAAAAUUCAAUUCAAAUCAGAUUGUACUGAUAGAUUAUUUCAAUUCAUUAUUAAUUCAACUCUAUCAAGAUUAACAAUAUUAUUCGAAGAGAAUAUUCAAUCUAUUAGAGAUGCAAAUGUUAAAGAUUUAUCACCAAUUGAAGAAAAUAGACCUCAUUAUGUUGUUAGAAGAUAUAGUGAAUUAAUUGGUUCAUUUUCAGUUUUAUAUAAUUUUAAUAAUAUUAAUAAUAAUAAUAAUAAUAAUAAUAAUAAUAAUAAUACCAAUAAUAAUAAUGAUUUAAUUAAUACGGAUAAUGAUCAUUUAUUAUUUAAUAUUAAAGAAUCACAUUCAAUAAUUAAUGAAAAUUUAGCAAUAAUGAGAGUUGAAAUGUAUAAAUUAAUUAAUAGACUAUCUGAUGAUUUAAAAUCAAAUCAUCUUUCAAAAUUAAUUUUUAGAUUAAAUAAUUUUGAUUUAAUUUUAACAAUUUUAACUGAUAAAUUAAAUAGUAAUAAUAAUAUUGUAAAUAAUAAUAAUAAUAAUAAUAAAAUUAAUGGUAAUAAUAGUAAUAAAAAUGAUGAAAAUAAUAAUGAUAAUAAUAAUAAUAAUGAAAAUGAAUUUAUUGGUAGCGGUAAUGAAGAUAAAGAUUAUUGGAUUUUAUUAUUUGAAAAAGAAGCUGAACAAUAUUGUUUAGAACAAUUGGUUUCAUUUGUAUAUUUUAAAAAUGUUAUUACAACUGUUAGAGAUUUGUAUCCAUUGAUUGGUUUAUAUACGUUGGAAGAAAUUAACCAUCCACAAUUGAAGAAAGAAAUACUUGAAGAAAUAUUGAAACAAUUUUAUCAAAAUUGGAGAUCUGGUAUCGAAGAAAUGAAUGUAAUAGUCACUCAACAAUUUCCAAACUUUAAAAAUGGUAUGAAAAUCUUUCAAAUGAUUCUUGAUAAACUAUUCAAUUGCUAUAAACAAUUCACCCAAAUCAUUCUAAAAUAUUUUAAAAAUUUGAAAACAAGUCCUUUCUAUUUGGCUGAAACUGAAAUUUCUUAUGAAAUUAAAAAAUAUUAUGUUUCUUUUGAUUAA